AGAGGUCCAAUCCGUGAAUAAUCAAACCCGCAAAUAUGGAGGGAGGAGCGUAUUUGUUAAAUGGCCUCACGGCUACCCCUGUGGUACUACGUUUCCCAGAGCCCCCUGCGGCCAACCGGCGCUGGCCAGGGCGGGGAACUACAUUUCCCAGCACCCUCCUGGUCCAUUUCUGUGGCGGCGGCGGCGGCGGCGGCGGCGAUGGCGGAGAGCGGGGACGUCGGUUCCAGCGCCAGCCCGAGCCCGGCUCCCGCGGCGCUGCCUCUGCCUCUGCCCCCUUUGCCUCGUCUGGAGAAGCCCCUGCGCCAGGCCUUCUACAACACCGGGGCGCUGGUGCUGGCGGGGCUGUGCUGCGGGGCGGCGGUGCUGGUCUACUUCAUCCUGGAGGCCUUCCUGCGGCCGCUGCUCUGGGCCGUCCUCUGCGGGACCUUCCUGCACCCCUUCAAGAGCUCUCUGACGGCGCUGGGCCGAGGGUGGCUCCGGCGCCUCCGCCGCUCCGGCUCCCCGGUCCUCUGCGCCGCCCUCCUGCUCCCGCUCUGCUUCGCCAACGCCGCCGCCGAGGCCCUGGGCCGCCAAGUGCUCCGCAGGAAGAGGCUGCUGCUGCUGCUGGGCGCCGGGGGACCCGCCCUCUACGGCCUCUACGCCCUCGGAGCCUCCCUGGCGGCCCAGGAGGCCCUCGCCCGCGCAGCACGCCUCCUCUCCCGGGCCCUCGAGUGCUUCAGCAGCCCCUGGAUAUGGACAUUGAUAGCAGCCUAUCUGUUAACUGUAUUAUUCAAGUGGAACCCAAGCACUGAACGUUACUUGAGAACAAUUUCUGUUCCUAUCUGGAUUUUAUUGCUCUUUCAUUUGGCCUCUGCAGCAGGCUCUUGGAGGAUUCCAGUUUUUUUGGUUAUAGUUAUCUUGAUGACUGUCGGUAUGUUGCAUGAGCAACCAACUGGGCAAGAAUCUUCAGGGGCAGAACUACCUGGUCAGAUGAUUUCAAUUGCUGCAUCCACAAUUGCCAUGGCAAUAUCAUUUUCAGGGGAUGAAUCUACUAAUGAAGAACAUCCAUCCCAACCUUCAGAAUCUACAGAAAGUGAUAAUGCAUCUUCUCCUUCUUCAUCCACUGUGCGUGGCAGACAGAAACCUGACAUUGGUGCACUUCUUAGAAAGAAGAAAACCAGUGACAUCUACUUUAUUUUGCUUGCAUGGGCCAUUGUAGUAGUACAAAUCUGGCUGAAUCUCUGGAUAAUUCAGCUGCUACCAGUACCAUUUGCAGUGUGGAUUGUCAAAAAACUUGUGGUUCACUUUGGGGUUGUGAACUUCUUGGGGAAUCACUGCAACAGUUGGUGGCAUGUCCUGGAAGACUUCGUCAAAGAGCGUCAGGAAGCUCUUGCACCACGGCCCAUCAUAGGGCUUGGAAGAGUCAUUCUAAAAUUAGACAGUAAGCUGUGGCAUUGGCUUAAUAAGAAGAUGAUCGUAUGGUUGGAGAAAAUGCUAGAUAAAAUCAUUAGCAUAUUCAUUAUAUUUCUGCUAGUAAUAGGCACUCUCCUGCUGGCCCUGCUUCUCACAGCAAAGGUGCACCAAGAAAGUGUACAUAUGAUUGAAGUUACAAGCAGCUUGAUUAAUGAAACUGUAGCCAAUCAUCCAGAAUGGGCUAGCUGGCUUCCUGAAGCUCAAGUUUUUCAAAAAGCUAUGAAUUCUGCUGCCAACAAUGUGUAUCAGUAUGGUCGAGAAUGGAUAACACAUAAGCUGCAUAAAAUAUUAGGAGAAAAAGUGAACAACACUGCUGUAAUUGAAAAGCAAGUGCUGGAGCUGUGGGACAGACUAUAUCAUACGUGGUUUGUGAAAAAUGUAUCUCACACAGGGAAACAUAAAGGACAAAAACAGCUUUUACACCGUCAGAACAGCUGGCCAGGUGAUAUGCUUGAUUGGCAAGAUGUUGCUUCCUUUAUCCAUGAGAACAUAGAGACAUUUCUUUCGAUCUUAGAAUCCCUCUGGAUAUUGAUGAGUCACAAUGUGAGCCUCCUUUUCAGCACAGUUACAACUUUAGUAACCAUCCUCUUCUACAGUGGCACUGCUCUCCUUAAUUUUGUACUCUCACUGGUGAUUUUCCUGACCACAUUGUUCUACCUUUUAAGUUCUAGUGAUGAAUACUACAAACCAGUGAAGUGGGUGAUCAACCUGACACCUUUGUCACAGCCUGGCCCUUCUUCAAAUAUAGUUGGCCAGUCUGUGGAGGAGGCCAUAAGAGGUGUAUUUGAUGCAUCCCUCAAAAUGGCUGGGUUCUAUGGACUAUACACCUGGCUGACUCAUACUGUUUUUGGAAUUAACAUUGUCUUCAUACCUUCAGCACUAGCUGCAAUACUUGGCGUUGUUCCAUUUCUGGGAACAUACUGGGCAGCAGUACCUGCAGUUCUAGACCUCUGGCUCGUUCAAGGAGAAGGAUGCAAAGCUGUGCUCCUCUUGGUUUGCCAUCUGUUGCCAACAUAUUUUGUAGACACAGCAAUUUAUUCUGAUAUAUCUGGUGGAGGACAUCCAUACCUGACAGGCCUUGCUGUAGCUGGUGGAGCAUAUUACCUGGGAGUGGAAGGAGCCAUCAUAGGACCCAUUCUCCUGUGUAUACUUGUGGUUGCCUCUAAUAUCUACAGUGCUAUGCUUUUGAGUCCGACAUCCUCAUUGCCCACACCAUCACAAAUCCCUUGGCCUUUGCAGAUAUAUCGAUCAUCUAGAGAAAGUCCUGAGGAACUGAAAACUGCCACAGAGUGAAGCAAACAGUGUUAUAAUAUACUCUAUUGAGAGAAUGCCUGUUUCUUCUGUGAGCAUGACACUUAGGAAAGCAGUGGCCUUUGAUUCUUUUCCAGCUGUGCCUACUGACAGCCUUCACUGAUGCAGCCUUCUUGUAGGCGCAUACCUGCUGAUGUCAUAGGUUAUUACAUGCAUUGCGUUUGCAAGUGGAAGUGUUUGCUGCCUGUUGUUUGCUUAUUACACAAACCUCAAAUAAUGAGUGGAUGGUUGCAAAAUCAUCUCCUCUCUCCAAAAAUUUCUUGAGUCAUGUUUUCUUAAAUUUGUAUCUUAAGUUCCAUCCUGUUGACAUUUCCAAUUUUGUAUUUAUAUUUUUUGGUUAUGUAUGUAAUUAGAUUUUAUAAGAUAAAAUUCAACAGCUUUUGUUCCUAAAAUAUUCAAUUUAGCCCUGUUUUAUUUUCACAACUUGCUAUACUGAUAUAUUAGAAAGUUCAGUGCCCCAAAGUCAAAACAGUGUCCUCAGACUGAGCUGUGUGGAUUCCUAAAUGGUGAAAUAUUUUCCAGAAAAUGUAGCAUUAUAGUGCAUGACCUGGCAGGUGAAGAAUUUAUGGAUUUUAAGAAUGGUAUACUUGCAAAUAUUAACUUAUUAUUACCUCAUUUUGCACUGAAGCUUUGGCAUAAGGUAAAAAGUAGUACCUUCUUUCAAAAUCACUUCUAUCAGUUACAGCUUAAAUAAAUUAUUCUAGUAUUAAUGACAGAACAUGAGCAUACAUUUCAGCCAUAUAUCUUCAGACCCAAGGUACUUAAACAUAUGCCUUGCCUCUACUACAUUCAAGCAUUGAGCAAAAAGGAUUAAACAUUUUUUUUCAGCUCACAAUGUUUUGGAUUGGCUGUUUUCUGCACUUUUUAAAACUCUGGGGUGAGUGGGGAGUUCUAAUGUAAGAUGGACUCUCUGCUUCCCCAUGAACAUUGAUUCCAUUUUCUAUUAAUAUUUAUCCUGCUGAUACUUCCAAUACUGUUCAGUGAAAUCAUUAUUAUAUUCAUCUCUCAGAUUUAUAAGAUCCAGAUGCUGGUAUAUAUUUCAGCAUCUCAUUUUUGGGUAGAAAAAUCAAAAUGUUGAAUAUUUUUAAUAUUUAAAAAUAUAAUAAUAUUUUAAAGUAUUCAGAACAGAAUCCUUUCAAGGUAGCUUACAACAUCUGUAAAUCCUGAACUCACAAUUUACAGAAGAACAGUGCAACAGAUAUGUUUGUGUGUGCUAAUAAGCAGGAUAAUAAGUAAAAUGUCAAUUACAAGUCAUUUAAAACAAUUAUUUAUUCAGAGCUCUUUUGAAGGCUAAAACCGUUGGGGGGCCCAAACAAAACUUCCUUGGGAAGGAGUUCCAAAGAUCUUAGUAGUUUGCCAAUAAGAGGGUUUUGCCCCUUUUGGUCAUUCAUUUUAAAGAUCUUUAUGGCAAGGCAACAAUUUAGAGCUCAGACAGUUUCAUGCAGAUCUAG